GAUCACCGAUCAACGAUCAUGGCUGCCUGCUAUAAUGCCUACAGUGCUGCCCCCCAGUCGUACGAGUUCGACGAGGACGAUGACGAUGCCUCCUUCGACAGCGGCUACGAGAAGAGCUUCGAGACGGAGGCGCAGCUCAGCUCGCGGCGGCGUUUGGAUUUCGAUGAGACGUACAAGAGUGCAGCGGCGGCGGCAGGGCCGGCGGCGCCUUUGGCCUAUGCCGGCAGCUGGGACACAGCCCCGAUCAACUCACCGCCGGCAGGAUUCGUGGGCCUGCUGGACACGAGCAGCAACCACAGCACGCGCAGCGGCCGCACCCUGGUGGAGCACCUGAACAGCCGUGCCCCCGUCGGUGGCUUCGAGCCGCAGCUGACCAGCACGCCGAUGAAGUCGCCGGAGGACCCGGAUGCACCGCGGCCCAAGCGCAAAUAUGCCGUCGGCAAGAAUCGCGUGACCCGUUCGCGCAGCCCCCACCAGGUGGUGCGCAUCAAGAAGUUCCGCCGGAUGAAGGCCAACGAUCGGGAGCGCAACCGGAUGCACAGCCUCAACGAUGCGCUGGAGAAGCUGCGGGUGACGCUGCCCUCGCUGCCCGAGGAGACGAAGCUCACGAAGAUCGAGAUACUGCGCUUCGCCCACAACUACAUCUUCGCCCUGGAGCAGGUGCUGGAGAGCGGGAACACCGUCAAUCUGGAUCUGGAGAAGCUGCAGAACUUCACGUUGAGUGGGGAGCGCAUCACGAAGGAGUUGUUCGACGCCCUCUUCGUGAAUCCGCAGCCAUUCCCCAUGUUUGGCUGCGGUCGGAUGUUUCCAUACGGCCACACGCAGCAGCAGCAGCAACAGCAGCCCAGCAUCCCACUUUCCCAUCCCCAUCCUGAAGCACAUCCAGAUCUGCAUCAACAUGCUCAUCCGCAUCCCCAUCCUCAUCCCCAUCCCCAUCCGCAUCCGCAUCCGCAUCAUCCUCACCAUCAGCCGCAGAUGGUGCCAUUCCAGACGGGCAUGGAGUACCCUGCAGCAGCGCCUCAUCCUCAUCCCCAUCCGCAGGAUGCAGCGCCAACUGGGUUCGACUUUGGCAGCAGCAUGCGGUACUAUCAGCAGCAUCCACAGCAGGAGCCGAGCCGGCAGCAGACGCCACCCGCUGGCCAGUUCUCGCAGGAGAAGUACGAUCUGUUCCGUGGCAGCUUCGAGGCAGCUGCCAAUCUGCCAGCCACGGAGCCAGCAAUGCACCAGCAGAGCAGCUUCUACACGCAGACGCCGCCCUGGAAGGAGUACCCAGAGGAGCCACAGCUACAGCCACACACACACGCCCAUCUGCAGCCACAUCCACACAGCUAUAAGCAGUUUGCCCCCCAGGUAUAGCAGGGGAAAGGACUUGCGUCUUAGGUCGUUUCAGAGCGUGAUAGAUUGAGUUAAAGAUUGUGUAGAUUUGCAGACAACUGAUCCAUGGGAAUUGUGGACUCUCGUGACUGACUUUGGGUAAACAAAAAAGCCAAAAAGUUACUCACGAGAUUCAUGCCAAUAUUUUGCAUGCCUCACUUGCCUCGAAGCUGCCACAAUCAGAGUUGAUAUUUGUAGUAGGCGAGCCACUGAAUCGAAUGCAAGGAUCCACUAGAACUUUAGCAGAUCCUUGCACUCAAUUUGUGAGAGAGAGGGAUCCGCAACAGAAGAAUCAAUGUGCCACAAUCCAUAGUUAAGCUCAUGCCACACACCUUUACACUUCACUCUUCAUUGGUUGCUUUGUUGUGGAUCUCAGGGGAAUAUUUCAGCAAAGAAUGCUGCAAAGGAUAAGCAUUCUUCUGCUCAAAAUAUUCCAUGUUCCAUAUUCCAUUAGCUAUAUAGUACAAAUCGGUUGUCCAUAGAUAAACGACGAAUAUAUGUACCUUUUGCCAUUGUAGACAUUAGCGUAAUUAGGUAUUAGAUAUCACCAGGAAACCAGUCAAUAGCUGUACAAUCGAUGGACUAUAUACAUGCAUAUAUGGUAGGAAGGUUGGAUGCAGUCAGUUAUUGCAAUGCAAGGAAAGCGAGCUAGUCAGGAGCUAAAACUUUAUCGUGAUAAGAUUGAAUUUCGAUGUAAAAGCCACAAAGAACUAUUUACUAUUUUUGCUAAUAAAGUU